UUACUCGGUGACUGUUCUGACCGGCAUGAUUCUGGUGUUUGCUUUCACUGCAUUCUUCAUUUAUGAGCAAUAUGAAUUCGAAAUCGAUGGACUGGCAAAAUUUCUCUUCAACAGUAUUAUGGAAUCAAAAGCAUUGUUGGCAAGGAAUCUACCAGCUUCCGUGGCUUCAUAUCUUCAUAACUUCGCAACUCCGCACCAGCCAAAGACUCUCACCGUGCCCAUGGUAAAGACUCAGAAAGAGAAGUGAUAAGCGCAUUUUUCUCUCUUCAUGUCCGAUUGAGUGGCUUGCUUAGGCUUUUUGUAUCAAACCAUAGACGUUUUUUCCCCAGCUGAACAAAGAGAUGGGGUACAGUUAAUAGAAAUAGUCCAGCAGAACAGGUUUAGUCCUGCACAAAGGUAUGAUGCUGCAACAGGAAAACCAUUCCCUCGAUGUGAUUAAUGGUUUCG